CAAAUAUUAUCCAAAAUGCCGCAGAGCCCGACAACCAAUUGGUCAUUCCAGCCGCUUCAUCGACAGCGUAGCGGACAAUUUCAGCACCAUGUGCUCAACUCGGUGCCGGAGACGGCUGUUUUGACCACACCCCCGCCUCUACGCAAACCGCUUUCAUUGCAAUUUGCUGGCGCCGCUGCUACUAACGGGGGUGCUGCAGCAUUAGCUGACAAAACCAAACGGAGAUACAUAACAGCGCGCAAGAAGGCCAAAAGCACUAUGAAAAUGCUUGUCGUUGACACCGAGCGAGAGGAGGCUCUAAAUUUGCAAAUUGAAUUCGAGUGGGUGCUGAGACAGGAAGUACAUGCGAUAUUAAAGCAAUUGCGAACUAUUCUUGUGGAAUGCGCCCAUAGGUUUCCCGUGCCGCUGUAUGAUAACGAGGGCAAGAAGACUGAAAAGUUUAUACUCAGCGUUUCGCCCGAUCAGCUGAAGGCGGUGCUUACCCUAACGGGCGAUGCGAUAACACAGGCGGAUAUUAGCUUUAAGCUGUGCAAGGCGCCCAGCCAAACGCAACGGACCUCAAUAACGCAUGAUUCGCCGUGGAAACUACAGCAAGUUCAGGAUGCCGCCAAUCAUCUACAAACAGCAAUCAAUCACAUUGACGACGUUGAUGACUCUUAUCACUUCAAAACCUCCGAUGAAGUGCUCCAUGUGAUAGGCAACAUUCUGGAUGCGCUGCAACGGGGACGCAAUAGCCUGCUGGUGCCGAAGAAGAAGCCAAUUGAGGAGCUAAUCAAGGGACGCAAUAUGAAAUCACUUGUGCCUAACCUGCCCGAGGAUCUGGCCGUUAGCUUCUAUCUGCAAAGCCACAAGCUCAUCAUUGCCGUCUAUCAGCUGCUAAACAACCAGGGUACAAUGCAGUUCGACUCGCGUCAAGCGGAAAUCGGCGUACAAUGGCUCAACGAUGUGCUCCUGCUUUUGAUGAAUGGCCAGAAACUGUGUCAGCAGCUGAAAGACAAGAUAUCCGUGUUUUCAGUGUAUAAGGAUUUCACAGUUGGUUCGCGCUCGCCGUCAGCACUAUCGUACUGAAUGGAAAAAGGAUAUAUGGAUAUGUGUGUGUCUGUUAUUUGGCAAAACAAAACAAUAACAACAAUAAUAGCUGAUAAAGAAAAUGUACUUGUAAUAGUUAAAGUAAAUAAUGUUAGUUAAAGAGUUGCUCUUUGUGGCCGCAUAACGUAAUACCUACUAUAUACACAUAUACAUAUAUAUAUAUAUAUACAGAUAUAUACAGAGUUAUAUACACCUAACUAGUUUAAUGUACACAAUCAACACAUUCAUAUUGUUCAUUGCGCGACAAUUUAUAAGUAUAGAAUUUGUUUUCAUUGCUUCAUGUCACUCCAAUUAUGCAUCUAAAUGCAAUAGAAUAAAAAUUUACUGUGUUUUGUAUAUGUAACUAAAUGAAAUUGCUAGAUAAUUAUUAAUGAAUAUUUAUAGUUAGUGCGGCGUAUGUGCGUACAUUAAUAUUAUAAUGAUAUAGAUAUAGAUAUAUCUAUAUAUAUUUAUGUUAACAAAUGCAAAAGAAGUAUUGCAAGUCAGUUAGUACUUAACAGAUUGAUAUAUAUAUAUAUAACAUGCAUACAUACAUUAUUAACCUUACGAUUUAACUGAACAUGAACAUUAAUAUUUACAGAAUAAUGUUGUAAUAAACCAAACCGAAAUGUGAACAGAA